AAUUUAAAACUCAACGGACAAAUUAGAAAAAACGAAUUUUGUUGAAUUUAAAUAAUUUUCUUAUAUGUUAAUAAUAUGGCUGAAUUUAAAACACCAAUAAUAAAAAAGUGUAGGAGUAGAGUAGAAGAUAAUCCAGAAUUGCAAACACCUAUUAAAAUACCAGCCUCACCGUUUUUACAACAAAUAGGUUAUGGAUGUGGAGUUACUGUAUUUAGUUUGGAACGAUCACCAAAAGUCGGUUUUAUUCGUUCACCAUGGGCAAUAAAAAAACGUAAUUCCAAAAUUGUAAAAGAUAAAAAAUAUAAUGAACGUAUUCAAUUUGAAGCGGAAAUACUUCGUAAAUUAAAUCAUCCAAAUAUUAUUGGUUUUCGAGCUUUUAGUAAACUUCCAAAUGGUGAACCAUGUUUGGCAAUGGAAAAAUUAGAUGCUUCUUUAGGUGACAGAAUAGAACAAAAACUUGAUAUUGAUGAUGAUCCAUUUCCUGCUAAUGAUAUUUUGAAAAUAAUGUAUGAGAUUGCAAAAGGAUUAGAAUAUUUGCAUCAUGUUGCUUAUAUUUUGCAUGGUGAUAUAAAAAGUUAUAAUGUAUUAAUCUCUUCAGAUUAUAAAAUAGUUAAACUAUGUGAUUUUGGAGUAUCUUUACCACUCACAGAGACUUUAGAAGUAGAUACUUCAAAUGGAAAUUUCAACUAUGUAGGAACUGAAUGUUGGAGUGCUCCAGAAAUAAUAUUUGAAGAUGGUCCUGUUACAAAUAAAGCAGACAUUUGGGCAUGUGGUCUUGUAGUUUGGGAAAUGAUAGCUUUGUCAGCACCUCACAUAGAAUCCUCAGAAAUGGAUGAUUCUUAUCUAGAUGAUUCAAUGUUAGAAAUGAAAAUGAAUAUAACAAAUGAAUAUGACACCAAUAUGGAUGACAGCAAUAGUUUUCUUAAUAAAAUAGUCAAUACGAAAUAUGUAAAAAAAUCCGAAGAUAAUGGCCUAAAAAAAAACAUCAUAAUAUUCUCAAGUAUAUAAUAUCAAUAUCAAUAGAUUUUUAUAACAUUAGAGUUUGAUAUUUUUGUUUGAAAGGGUAAUAUUUUACGUUGCAUUUCUCAAUGAAUGCAAUUGGUCAGUCAGUUUCCCGCUUUCGAAUGGACGCCAAAAUCUCUUAUACAAUUUUUUACAGCUCUUACGAGAUGUUUUAUGAUAAACUUUCAAUAAAGUUUUUUGUUGGUUUAUACCGUAAUAAAACAUUAAAAUCGUUAUCGAUACGUAUUCAAAAAAUGAUAACCUGAGGCUAUAAUUUUUCUUUAUCAAGUGAUAAGUUAAGGUUAUGUUUUUAUUUGUAAGCUAAUGAAAUGUGAUAAUAAUUGUAGUUUCGUUUAAAAAUAACUUAAACUUAAUACAAUUGUUACCAU